AUGAGCCUCCUGCCCAGCCGCGCCGCCCGCCUCCCCGGUCCCUCCGGCUCCCUGUGCGCGCUCUUCUUGCUGCUGUUGCUGACGCCGCCGGGGCCCCUCGCCAGCGCCGGUCCCGUCUCGACCAUAGUGAGGGAGCUGCGUUGCAUGUGUUUAACCACCACACAGGGGAUUCAUCCCAGAAUGAUCACUAAGAUGCAGGUGAUCGCCGCCGGCCCACAGUGCUCCAAGGUGGAAGUCGUAGCCACCCUGAAGAACAGGAAGGAAGUCUGUCUGGACCCAGAAACCCCAGUGAUGAAGAAAGUCAUCCAGAAAAUUCUGGACAGGUACCCUGCCGCUUUGAUCUUUGUGCUUUUUAUUCUCUUUUGA